CACCACCACCACCCCCUGUGCACCCCUCCGCACCCCCUAUCUGCAUGCAUUUCCUGCCUCCAAAGAUGGUUUGUGAGACGGGAAUCCUGGCAGACGAUCCCAGCUCCAUAGCGGCGCCCCAGAAGGACCCCCUGAUUGUCCCCCCGGCCCAGAUGUGGCCCCCAUUGCCCAGCUGCAGCAGCAACUCCUCUCUGGCGCCCCCUAGCUCCAGGGCCGAGGAUGGCAUCAAGGAGCAGCAGCUGUAUAUUCGUGAAUUCCAAGCCGCGAACCAGGAGGUGGCCAGGAGAAUUUUCUACGAAGGGAUUAAAGAGAGGAUCCCCAGCUCGGCCUUUAGGGGGUUAAAGUACCAGCCGGUGCUCCAGUGCGUUUAUGCGGUGCUCACAAUAAUAUGCUUUGUUGUGACCAACUCCUUGAUGCUGGCGUGCUGUAUGCCCAUCUUUCUGUUGGGCAUGAGGUACUACUACAGUAGGAAAAUUAUCCUCAAUCACCUGGAGGGUGCUCUACGCACGGACAUGUCUGAUAUUGAGAAAUAUUACAUGAAACAACCGGGUUCCUGCUUCUGGGUGGCAGUCUUGGACAGCAGAGUCGUUGGAAUAGUGGCAGCCAGAGGCAAUGAAGAAGACAACGUAGUCGAACUUAGACGGAUGUCUGUAGACUCCAACUACCGCGGGAAGGGAAUCGCCAAGGCUUUAGGCCGCAAAGUCCUGGAGUUUGCCAUGUUAAACCACUACUCCUCUAUCAUGCUUGGCACUACAGCUGUGAAAAUUGCAGCUCACAAGCUGUAUGAGUCUUUGGGUUUCAAGCAUGUGGGUGUAAUUGAAAACCAUGCUGUCCCAGGGAUGACACAUUCAUUACUAGAGAAAAUGUUCUUUCAGCUUCGCUACCACCGCUACUGUCUACAGCUUCGUGAAGAGUAGAAAUAAAUUCAACCCCUGCCUGAUCUCCCCACCUCAACUUCCAUUCUCUCUUAACACAUCACUGCAGUGAUGGCAAAUAGCGUCAUUUGCCUGUCAUCACCUUCAUAUUCCAAUCGAUUUCUUCCUUCUUUGCGAAUGUACAACAGGCCCUUGCAAGGACAUUGUAAGAUAGAGGCAGUGUGGUCCUCCCUCUCACAUGUCUAGUAUUAACUUUCUAAUUAGGAUGGCUCUUCUAUCAGUUAGGUAAAGCCUAGCUAGGUAUUGUAAAGCACAGGAACCGGAAUUCUGGCCUGCAGUAAAUGUAGUAUUUUUUUAAAUUGUAAAUAUUGACAUAUGGGAAAGGGGAGUGGGCUCCAAAAUUAAGAGUGAAUGCAAUGUAAAAUACCAGUAGAGUGUAGUAUAAAUAGAUCUUCUAGUUAACCUAUUUUCAAGACAAUGUGAAUACCAAUGCUUGGUCCAAUGCAUGAAGAGGAAGUGUCUAUACAUUCACACAGCACUGCCACUGAAGCAUUGAGGCUGCACUUUUAAAAAUGUGUCAACAGUUCUGCCAAACCUCUCAAUGAACUUGGGCACAUCAAUCUUCUGUGACCUUACCGAAGAUGUCAAACUCUUUCUAAGCCAGCAAACUUCCCAUUACGUCUAACUGAGCCCAUCUGUAAGAUACCAUGUAGCUAGAGAUCUUGUAUUAUCAAAAGGGGACUUGCAGAUCCAAGAUCCACACUUCUUAACGUGCAUCAAAGUGUUAAAAUAAUUUCCUCAAAUUGUCUCAUACUGAUGUCACUGAGCACAAGAGAAGUUAGGAGUACAUUGGCAAUGCAUUUGAAUUCUCUUCACCAAAUCUUUGACAAAAGCAAUCAGUGAAAAAUAAAAUGUAUUUUUUUUUUUUUUUUUUUUAGGAAGGGGAGAGAAGGAAUGUAUUAAUACUAAUGAACUCCCUAUGUAAUGUGUAUAUAUAAUGGAGGUGCAAAUUUCCUUGUAAAUAUAACUGCUUUAAAUAUAUCAGAAUUCUGACUUGUAAAAUGCAAGUAGCAAUGCAAAGCAAAUUUGGCAUGUUUCUGUACAUGGUAUGUACGUACAGUGCCUGCCAAAGCAAUCUGUCCAAGUCAGCAGCUUCUGUCUUGAACUGUAUAAUUUUUAUAAAUUGUUUGAGGGAUAGAAUAUUUGCAUGUAGUAUGUUUAAGAAGCACUGGGUAGAUAUUUAAUGGUAAAAAAAAAGUCUAAAAUGCUUUUGAAAAUUAUAUAUGUUAAAGCAUUUAAGUUGCUUAGUAUUUGAUAGUUUAUUUUUUUAGAAUGCAUUCCAAUAUUAUAGUAUGCUAAUGACUAUAUUAGAUAAUAAAUGUCAACUUGCAUUAUCACAAAUAGAGGCUGGAAUGUGCACAAAAAGGCAAGUCCACUUGAAACAGUUUGGUUUUGAAGAAAUGGCAAUGAGUUAAGACCCAAGUUGGUUUCUUAUAGAUCUCUGAAUCCUCUCAUUGCAUUCUCCAUAGAAGAAACAAAUGGUGGAUCCAGUAUUACAAGGAGACUUCCUUGUAAUAGUUGGAGUCACAGAAAAAUAAUGGAAACCAGCAGGUGAAUAAACAAUCCAGUAUCAAUCCAAAUCUGAAAUAUUAGUUUUCUAUUAAGCUUAAUGUUUAGACUGGUAAUACCCUGAAGUGUAUUUCAUUAAAUAUCCCUUUUGUUUUCAAUGCAGUCAUUUAACCCAGUUGGUUUCCUUGCCCACACUCGUAAAAAAUAUUGUAAUGCCCUGUACACACUAUAGGAUUUUCACAUGGGCUAAAAUCUGAAGGAAUUUUCUGUCAGAAUUCCGUUCAAGCUGUCUUCCAUCAGUCUUGCAUACACACUGUCAGACUAAAUUCCGACCG